CUCACUUUCUGUUACGUUCGUGACAAAUUCUGUUCUUACAACCAUUAUUAUAGGGGUUUCUUAUAUAUUCGUCAGUUCAUCGCAUGGAUAAUAUGGAGUAGUAAGGACUCAUUACUAAAUUUUCUCUUCCUUCUUUGAGACCAUCGAGCAAGUACCUGCAAAGAUCUAGACUCCUCCAUCAUUGGCUUUUCUUCAAGCGCGGGUACCGUACGUGAUUGAUUAUGGAUUAUUCAACAGCCAGUUCUACACUAUUGUCUCGUCCAGUUGCCGAUCUUCAAUAUGACCAUGAUCAUGAAAAGGACCAUAAGAAGAGCCCUACUGUUUUCGAUUUGUCCUUUCUUCAAGAACAAAAGAAUAUUCCCACAAAUUUCAUUUGGCCAAAAGGAGACUUACCAUCAACUAGUGCCGAAGAGGUGCUCAAAGCAACAGUAGUGGAUCUAAAGGGCUUUUUGAAAGGUGACGAUGCGGGGACACGUCUUGCUGCGGACCUCGUUCAGCAAGCAUGUUUGACCCAUGGAUUUUUCCAGGUUAUCAACCAUGGAGUUGAUCCUCAUCUCAUUGACCUGGCGCAAAAGCACAUGGAUUCUUUCUUUAAGCUUCCGGUGAGUGAGAAGCUCAGGGCAUUGACGAAGCCAGGUAGUUCUUCGGGCUAUUCAGCUGCUCAUGCAGAGCGCUUUUCGUCCAGACUUCCAUGGAAGGAAUCACUGUCGUUUUGCUUCCAUGAGGAUUGCUCUGUUCCGGUCGUCCAAGACUACUUCUGCUCCACUCUUGGCAAAGAUUUUGAGCAGACAGGUAUGGUGUAUCAAAUGUAUUGUGAAGCAAUGAUGAAGUUAUCUUUGGAGAUAAUGGAAAUCCUGGCGAUAAGCUUGGGAAUAGAUAGAAUGGAGUACAGAAAAUUCUUCGAAGACGGAAGGUCCAUCAUGAGAUGCAACUACUAUCCGCCUUGUAUGCAACCAAAUCUGGCGCUGGGAACAGGUGCUCAUUGCGAUCCAACCUCUCUGACCAUACUUCACCAAGACCAAGUCCCAGGCCUUCAAGUCUUCCAUAACAACAAAUGGCUUUCUGUGCCACCUCUCAAAGGUGCCCUUGUCAUCAACAUUGGUGAUACCUUGAUGGCAUUGACGAAUGGAAAAUACAAGAGUUGUCUGCACAGGGCAGUGGUGAACAGGAAGAAGGAGAGAAAAUCAAUGGCAUUCUUUCUGUGCCCGAAAGAAGACAAGGUGGUGAGGCCCCCGCACGACCUUUUGUUGGGAGAAGAAACAAGAGAGUACCCCAACUUCACAUGGUCCGAGUUGCUCCAUUUCGUUAGACAAUUUUACAGAUCUGAUGGCGCUACCUUCCAAAACUUCAUCAACAGCCUGCUGCUUGUACCCUCGCACUCAUCUUCCAGUUGAUCAUCAUAUACUCUUUGUUUAGGGGACAACUUCGCCACCUGCCCUUUCUUUAUUCGCCCUUGUAACCAACCAUUAAUAAUAAUAAUAAUAAAAUAAUAGGCCAAGUCAGCUGGUGGUACUGAUAACUGCAGCCGGCUGGGGAUUGUUUGUCUUAUAAUUUUUUUUUUUG